CGACCACCCGUUGAAUCAUCCAGUGUACACCGUCUCGACCAAGACCUAGUGAGGUAAUCAAUUAGGUAGCACGCAGUGUCUCCAGUGUGGUUCGAACCCCAAGUUGGGGCCAGUCAAAAGCGCAGAGAUGGACCGGCGUCCCAGUUCGACGUCAUACCCCGUGCUUCUCCGCGCGCCUUUCCCUGCGAUUCCAGGUUUGGCCUUGACGUAGGCAUUGUCAUUGGACUUUCUUGCGAGUCUGGUCGCCUGCUGGGUAUUUAAGUUUGCUGCUUUUCCCAAGCUCGUCAUUUACUUUUUUUACUACUCUAUCGUCUAUAUCUUUGAAUACCACCCUUCUUUAACCGCUCAUUCCUUCCAUCCUAUUUACAUACUACUGCCUACCUACCUACCUACCUACAACCUAUCAGUCUACUACCUCCACCAGAUAAUCACAAUGUCGAAAAGCCGCGCCCCUCUCUACGGUGGUCUCGCUGCGUUUGCGGGAAUCGGGUACUACCUUUACCAAGCUGGUGGGGAUGCAUCUAAGGCCGGGGAUAAGAUUCGAGUCGACGUAGACAAGGCACGACACCAGCUCCCUCAUUCGGAGAAGUCGGCAGAGAAAGCCGGCGCCGAGCUGGGCUCGAAUGUGGAUAAGGCGGCAAAAGAAGCCCGCGCCAGAGCAACCACAGACGCCCAGGAGGGAAUCCACAAACUGGAUGAGAUGCGCCAGGACGCGACGAUCAAGACCCGGGAGGGGAUCGAUAAGCUGGAUAAGUCCGUUGAGGAGAAGGCGGCUGAGGCGAAGGGGAAGGUGUCGGGGUGGUUUGGAAAAUAGGUUGUUAUUGUCAUGAAUAUCAUCGGAAUUGCCUAGGUAGUAUGUAGUAUGGUCUGCUUGUGCAUUUGAGAUGGUUGUGUGGAGUGUACUGCUACUAUUGAGGUGAUUGUUAAUUGUGGGCGCAGAUUGCUUAAUUUAUUUCAAUUCAUUUUAUUAUCAUUUUUUUUUCUUCCUUUUACUGUGCAAGUGUACUGUAUCCUUGAUUAUUGAUGUCUUUGGAUUGGUUAUGGAUGGUAGAAUGGUAGGCGUUGUAGUAUCUACGGAGUCUGGGUAUAUACAAUUCUG